CAAUAUUUACCUGUAUCAAACAACGCGUUAUAACUUUAUUAAUUGGUGAGAUACACAUAUUUCUGGUAUUUUAAGCAGUGAUUUUCAUUUUUUGGAUUGAUUUACCUUCGUCAUUGGAAUAUGUCUUUGAAAAAGUGAAAAGGUAGCAACAUUGUCAUUUGUCGCAUCAAUAUGGCCGACGCGAACUUCCGAUUACACACAUUCCCACCGGUGUAACAACGAUUCUUGGUGAUUUUUGACCAGAGGACCAUUUAUACAGACUUCACUUAAAACAGUUUUAUAUUUGAUUGAGAAUUUUUAAGAAUGGACGGUCAUUUACGAGAAUAAUGAUGUGUAAAUGUUUGUGGUACCUGCACGUUUUUGUGUUCGGAGCUUCGCUUUUACGCUGUAUAAAGAGUGAGGAACCACCUAUGUACUUCUCAAGAGAACCUGAAUGUGGCUCAGCAGUGAGUGAGUCGGGAGUCAAGAUUUUGACCUGUCAAUCAUACAGUGACCCACCCCCAGAGUAUCGCUGGCUAAGGGAGGGAACCUAUGUCAGCCAGGCAAGCCUUAGUGGGACCUUCAGAAUGUACAGUAUAAAUCGGACAGCAGCAGGAAUCUACAGAUGUCAAGCCACCAAUAAGUUGGGUUCCAUCCUCAGUGACAGUUGCAGAGUGGAAGUGGCAUAUUUGGAUCCACUCCCAACCAUGCAAGAUGAAGAUGUUAAUGUUCAGAGAGAUCAUGGGAUCAAAAUAUCCUUGCCCCCUUUUAAAUCCUACCCCUAUCCACCCACUGUGGAAUGGAAGCUUAAUUCACAGAUCAUGGCCGAUGAAGGUCCACAUCACCAAGUGACCCUCUCUAAGGACCUAGUGCUAUUGGACACCAAAACUAGUGACGAUGGAAAACAGUUCCAGGCAGACAUUCUGAAUGGCUUAAAUGGACAAACCAGUAGAACACAGACUUAUACUGUGAGAGUAUCAG